CUGUGCAAAAACAUUAUUACUGCUCAAAAUUAAUCUGCUGGUUGCACGUGGUGAAAGGAGGUAAAAUAGCUCGCAGGUGGACUGACAACAAGAAGAGCUGGAGCAAGAAGCCACCAGCAAUGAAGCUCCCUACUGCAGUCAUCCUGGUCAUCUUCUGGCUUGGUGUCUUCACCAUGCACACAGCAAAAGGAAGUGUUGGAAGUCAACCAAUGCGCAAAUUUGCUUGUGUAACUCUAUCUACACAGAAACUGGACAUCAGACAGCUUGUCAACUAUGAAAAGCAACAAGUUCCAUUAAAUGCUGUCAUGUUUAUCACCACAAAAGGUAUCAAGAUCUGUGUACACCCUGAUCAGAAAUGGGUGCAGGUUGCUAUGAAGAGAAUAGACCAAAAACGUACCGCCAAAAGAAAAUAAUCCUGUCCUAGGCAAGCAUCUAAGACCAACAAAAUGGAAUCAUCAUCAGUGCUGCACAUACCAGGGAAGAAAGCCUUAGUAUCUGCUUGUAGUCCUUGUUGGCAAUAAAUUCUCUGAACAAACAUGAACUCAUCAGAAUCUAUUCAUCACUGGCUGAAUAUCUGCUGACUUAAUUUUAUAGCUGGACUCUGUUAUACUGUUUAUUUUCUGAAAUGCUUGUCAGUAUUUAUUUACAACUGAAUGUAGGCAUCUCCUCAUCCUUGCUGACCUGACCCAUUCAAGGGUGAACAGCAGAUUGUUUCACAUGCUAUAGAAUAGAUUACCUCUCACAGAGAUGGAUAAGUAUAGACUUCCGUGAUGAUGGAGCUCAACGUUCUGCAUUGAGUGCUGGGUUUCAAGAGGUUCUAUAUAAUUGUGUGGUUACUCAUACCUAUAUAAACUGUAAGAAAGAUAACAUCAUGCUUCAGGCUAUUGCCUGAUCAGUGCAGUAUUUAAGAGGGGGAUCUUCGGGCCUUCUAUUUUUAUAUGUCGUAUUACACUAUUAGCUUUGACUUUAGUCUCAGGCCCAUGUGAUGUAUGGAUAUGCUCACCAAGGGAUGACCUGGGGUAAUUCAGGAUAACUUUAAGAAAGCAACCCUAUUCAGACUUGUACUUUGGAAGACUUAUCCUACUCACUGACUUCUGUGAAGUUCCUUUCACCUUCAUUUGGGACAGAAUU